AUGGCGGACGAUGGCUGCAUGGCCGUGUGCCAGCUCAGCGAGCAGCCCAUGGACUGCCAGUUCCAUCCGAGGGCGAACCAACUCGCUGCGUGCGAUCUCGCAGGCCGCGUCACGGUCUUUUCGUACAAGGGGUGCGAAGCGAACGAAUGUCUCCGCUUCUCCCCGCACAAGAAGUCCAUCCGGUCGCUCCAGUACGUCUCUGGCGGCGCGCAGCUGGCAACCGGGUGCGCCGACGGCAGCAUCUGCGUCUCCGACGUCGAGACCGGCAAGGCCCUGCGCAAGGACCUCGCGGAGUCCGCGGGCUCCGACGACGCGGAGGGCGUCAUGCGGCUCCUGUCCCUGGACGGCGAGAACCUCGUGGCAGCGGGGGACGAAGGCGGCGCGGUGGCGCUGUACGACGUCCGGCAGCAGGGGCGCGCGUGGCGGCUCGAGGUGCACGACGACUUCGUGACGGACCUCGUGCUGAACGAGCGGGAGGCGCAGGUGGUCUCGUCGAGCGGCGACGGCACCCUGGGGGUGAUUUCGUCGCGAAAGGGCAAACUGAAGGCCCGCAGCGAAACAGACGCAGACGACGAGAUGCUGUCGCUGGCGCUCGCGAGGGGCGGUUCGAAGGUCCUCGUGGGCUGUCAGAGCGGCGUGAUAUCAAUCUUCAGUUGGGGAUACUGGAAUGACUGUUCGGACCGAUUCCCAGGCCACCCGUCAUCCGUGGACGCCAUCGCCGCGUACGACGACAGCACGAUCGUCACGGGGUCCUCCGACGGCCUCAUCCGCGUGCUCACCGUGCUGCCGAACCGCAUGGUGGGGGUUGUCGGCGAGCACAUGGACUGCCCCAUCGAGCGCCUCGCGAUCAGCGCGGACAAGUGCGUGCUCGCGUCCGCGUCGCACGACGAGACCGUGCGGCUGUGGGACAUCGAGGGCCUGGACGACGACGACGGCGACGCCGAGGACGGCUUGGAGGGGGGUGCGGCGGCGGAGGGGGGGGUCGGGGUUGGAGCGGGGGGCGGCGCGGACGACGACGACGGCGAGGACAGCGACGACAGCGACGCGCCGAAGAGGAAGCAGAAGGGCAAGCGGAAGAAGGCGCCGAAGGGGGGGAGUCUGAGCGUGUUGGGGAAGGAGGAGGCGAAGCGCAAAAAGGGGCCCGGGAAGUCAGGGAACUUCUUCAGCGACCUGCUGCUCCAUGCCGCGGGGUUCUACACAGUGCGAGAUCUGUACCACCUGAAACCGGUGGAUCUAUCUAGACAGGUCGCGGGGGCGGAUGGAGGUGGCACGGGGGGUCUGGGCGGUGGCCGCUCCGCAGCCCAGAUGCUGGACACAGAGAAAGCGCGCGGCCACGUCAUCACGUUCAGCAACGAGUUCGACGGUCUGCUGGGCGGCGGCGUCCCCGUGGGCCAGGUCACUGAGUUCUGCGGCGUGCCGGGAGUCGGGAAAACCCAACUGGGAAUGCAACUUGCCGUGGACGUCCAGAUACCCUCGGAGUUCGGCGGGCUCGCCGGGAAGGCGGUCUACGUCGACACGGAGGGCAGCUUCAUGGUCGAGCGGGCCCAGGAGAUCGCGGCGGCGUGCGUGCGGCACCUCAGCCGCCUGGCAUCGGCCACGCAGAGCGCGGAGCGCCGCGCAGCCGCGCAGGCCGUCACGGAGCGCGCGCUGAUGGCAGGGAUCCACUACUACCGCGUGCACGACCACACGGAGCAGCUGGCGGUCGUGGAGCAGAUGCCGGCGUUCCUCGACGCGCACCCUGACGUCAGGCUCCUCGUGCUUGACUCAGUGACCUUCCACUUCCGCCAGGGGUUCUCCGACAUGGCGAUGCGGACGCGCGUGCUCGUGCAGAUGGCGCAGAGGCUCGUCGCGCUCGCCGAGGACCGCAACGUCGCCGUCGUGCUCAUGAACCAGGUCACGACGAAGUUCACUGGGGAGGGUCUGUCCAGGCUUGUACCAGCGCUAGGCGACAGUUGGGCCCAUGCAGCCACGAACCGCGUGAUUCUGUUCUGGCAGGGCUCGCAGCGGUUCGCGCACAUGUACAAGUCGGCGAGCCUGCCAGCGCGCACGGUGCCGUACUUCGUCACCGCGGACGGCAUCCGCGGCGCCCGGAGGAAGAAGCGAGCAGCGGACGGCGGGGCGGGGCCGCCUGGGGGCGAGGCGGGCGCGGCGGACGGCGCGGGGGCGAAGCGGCAGCAGUGA